ACAGGAAGAAGCGAGGUGGGGAAAUUAUCAUUUAGUUAGCCUGGUGCUAACUGCUUCAAGCUGUAAAGUGAGAUGUUAUGAAAGCAGCUUUUAAAGUCAGGUUGCGUUUUUUGUUUUUAAACGAUGCGGCUAUGACCCUGUGACACCAAGAAUGGACAUAAUUUAACAAUGACGGGGGAGAAAAAGAAGAAAAAGCGGCUGAACCGCAGCAUUCUUCUUGCAAAGAAAAUUAUAAUAAAAGAUGGAGGAAGUCCUCAGGGAAUCGGGGAGCCCAGUGUUUACCAUGCUGUGGUGGUCAUCUUCCUUGAGUUUUUUGCAUGGGGUCUUCUUACCACUCCAAUGCUCACGGUAUUACGUCAAACAUUCCCCCAGCACACAUUCCUGAUGAAUGGACUCAUUCAUGGUGUCAAGGGCCUGCUAUCAUUUCUGAGUGCUCCGCUCAUUGGAGCUUUGUCUGACGUUUGGGGACGAAAGUCCUUCUUGCUGCUAACAGUCUUCUUUACAUGUGCACCCAUUCCACUAAUGAAGAUCAGCCCGUGGUGGUACUUUGCAGUUAUCUCCAUGUCUGGUGUUUUUGCUGUCACCUUCUCUGUGAUCUUUGCUUAUGUGGCGGAUAUCACGCAGGAGCAUGAAAGGAGCACAGCUUAUGGUUUGGUGUCCGCUACAUUUGCUGCCAGCCUAGUUACCAGCCCAGCCAUCGGCUCCUACCUGACUAUAGCGUACAGUGACACGUUGGUGGUGAUCCUGGCCACAGCCAUUGCGCUCCUUGACAUCUGCUUCAUCCUGGUGGCCGUACCGGAGUCGUUGCCAGAGAAGAUGAGGCCAGCAUCAUGGGGUGCACCCAUCUCCUGGGAGCAAGCUGACCCGUUUGCUUCUCUGCGUAAAGUGGGCCAGGACUCAACAGUGCUGCUCAUCUGCAUCACAGUGUUUCUCUCCUACCUCCCCGAGGCCGGCCAGUACUCCAGCUUCUUCCUCUAUCUCAAACAGGUCAUACACUUCUCAUCGGAGACGGUGGCUGCCUUCAUAGCUGUUGUGGGGACUCUUUCAAUUCUAGCCCAGACUGUGGUUUUGGGAAUCUUGAUGCGUUCCAUUGGGAAUAAAAACACAAUCCUGCUCGGCCUUGGGUUCCAGAUCCUCCAGCUGGCUUGGUAUGGCUUCGGCUCUCAGCCCUGGAUGAUGUGGGCAGCAGGAGCUGUUGCAGCGAUGUCCAGCAUCACCUUCCCAGCCAUCAGCGCCAUUGUGUCCCGUAACGCAGAUCCCGACCAACAGGGUGUGGUCCAGGGGAUGAUUACUGGAAUUCGGGGCCUAUGUAAUGGUUUGGGCCCCGCGCUUUUUGGUUUUGUCUUCUACUUGUUCCAUGUGGAGCUGAAGGACACAGAUAUCACUGAGAAAGGUGCCAAAUCCAACAUGGCCAACCCCACAGAUGAAAGUGCCAUCAUCCCAGGUCCCCCGUUCCUGUUCGGAGCAUGUUCUGUGCUGCUGUCUCUGCUGGUGGCCCUUUUCAUCCCGGAGCACACGGGGCCCGGCAUGAGGCCCAGUGCCUACAAGAAGCACAGUAACGGAGCACAGAGUCACUCCCACAGUCCUCAAGGCAGCGGUGCAGAGGGCAAGGAGCCACUGCUGGAGGACAGCAGUGUAUAACCACAGCUCAAGGGGGGGGGGGGGAGGUUCCCUCACUUCACCGCAGCAGCAGCAUCACAUGCACAGUUCACGAGCCGGACUCCACCUCAGGCUCGAGUGUCAGAGGCGUCUGUGCUUUUUGGUCGUGAGGACUUCUGUAUGAAGAUAUGUGAGGCUGUGGUGGAGAUGUGGGUGUUCGGGAGGAACACAACUGAGCACCCCCCCCCCCAAACUGCAAAAUGGAACCAAUUUGAUUUGGUUUAGAGCACGAGCAGAGUAUAUAUCAGCUGUUACUAAAACCCAGUGUGACUGAAUUUUCGUAUUCCUCUGUGGCAUCUGUUGUUUUUGUUUUGGUCCCAUGAGGGUGUAACAGUCCGUCGAGCACUUGCCGAACAGUCCUUCACUUGGUAACUUCUGUUACCGCACUCUUCUUUGUGACCUUCAGCUCUGUUAGGCACAGCAGUUCUAUCGCUACGAGAGCCGUCGUGUUUGCAAACCACUUGGAGAGUCGCCUCCUGGAGUAGGACGGCUUAAAUUCAGACGUAGACAAGAUUUACAGACGAACUCCGGCCACACUUAGAAUUUUUUUUCCUCUGUACCCUCCUGAAUAUUGCCGUUCUCACAGACAUGCACAAGAGACCACUCUGUUACCCGAGACUUGUUUCUUUCCUGUUUACUUGCCAUUCUCUAGACUAGCAGUACAAUUUGGGGUGUGUAUUUGUCUCCAUUUAAACUAAAGGCUAGUUGUGCUUCACGUUUUUGUUGAAGAAGCCAAUGUUGCCUUGAAGUUACUUCACAAAAAAAAAAUUAUAGACAACAUUACGUAACCUGUAUGAAGACCAAGGUCUGAGAAGGCUCUGUAAUCUCUCGCUAUCGCUCCCAUCGGAGCUGUUAAAUUUUUUUUUUUAAUUCUCUUGGUUUUCAUGCCCUUCUUGUUCACUUGUUUCCUGAAAUCAUCAUCGGAGUUAUAAGUGAAGUUUACAGAACCAUGGUUUUAUUCCAGAGUUUGACUGUCAUCAGUAAACGGAAUAUCGCUAAUGCUGCUGUCAUGAAGCAUCAGAGUAGUGCAUCAAUUCUGCAUCAAUAAUUUGUCAAAAUUACAA